AGAACUUCUUACUUAACUCAAAUUAGUUUUAUACAAUGUUAAAAAUCAAACAGAAGUCUGUUUCUAAGGCCAACAGCCAUUUCUUAAAAUUGAUGAAAUGUUUACUUUGUGGUAACUUCUUUAAAACCCCAAUUGAGAAUUGACAAGUUCUUCCCACCCAGCAAAUGCCCCUAUUCUAUGUUUCUGCCAUUUCGCUCUGCAGUUAAUAUUAAUUUUAAUCCAAUGAAGAACCCCCACACAAAAAAAUGUUCCAAAUCAAAAGAUUCAGAACCCAACUCAGUCUCUUAAGAAAACCACCUAAUCCCUCAAAUUAGCAAUACCCUUAGGAGAGAGAUCAUGUUGUUCUUCAAAUAACCGAGGGUUUUAAUGUCAUUUGUGGGCUUCAUUUAAUGUGUUAGGCCUGCUUUAUUGGUUGUUGAAUUUGGUGAUUUGAUUAAUGGGGUUGAUGUUUUUGUUGUGAAAUGAAUUCGUUUGAUAGGUGGAAGCUUAUAGGCCAAAUGAUUCAGCUUGUCACGGUCGGUUUGGCAAAACAGCCAGGACUGCCCCUGUUGUUAGAUUCUUAAAGCUAACAUUUUUGAGUCACUUGCUUUACAUUAACGGUCAAUGCUGAGAAAAAAAAGUGCUGUUCAGUUUUUUGUUGCAUGCAUAAGUAAAUAAAUGGAAAUGUGCCCAACUUUAUAACAGCUUAGGCUUUUAGACGAGGGUUCACUCAAGUUUGAAAUUCCUGCUCUUAUACAAAAUUUAUGCAAGAUAAUAGAUGGGCUAUGUACUAUUGCACAAGUACCUGUUUAGCAAUUAUUAAAGAGGAUUACCCGCCUCCCUCCUUAUGUUAGAGUUGGAGAUAUUAUGUGCAGUGUCGACUGUCUGCAUGAAGUAUAAUGGCAUUGCUGUCACUUACCCAAAGAAAAUGUUAUUGUUGUCUUAUGUUAGUAUUGCUUAACUUAAACUAUAUGAAGGUUAACACAUUGUGUAUUUCAAACAUGUAAUUAGAUGUUGACACAUGUCCUAAGAGUUUCCAGAGAAGGCAGGGUGUAGUUGCUUAUAAGAACUUAGAUUGUUUAUGGUGUGAUAUAAUGAUAUCAAUUUCAUAGAUUUGGUUGUGUGAAGAAAACAUUUACAGUCAUUACUUUCGUGCUCUUCAUUUCUUUGUAGCACUGUGCUAUGACAUCUAUUAGUAUAUGUUAUAGAGCAUAUAUAUUGGGGCGUCCCUUCUGGAUUUUCUAUUGAUUUAUGAUUGAUAGUUUGGUCUUGGAGGUCAUGCAUAAGUCUACCUCUGUCAUGGUCUCCAUAUCUCACUGUCGUGGCAGACAGGGAAGGAGUUGGAGCAGCAGUUUUGAUUGUUCCUGUGCUCCCAUCAGUGGUUAUUUGAAUUAUACACUGCAGGUUUGGGUACUAUUCAGCAGCGCCGGGGUUCAAAAACUUAGAAGCCUAUUCUUCUUGCAGGUCCUGGAAAGAAUGUGGACAGUGCCUGAAGCUAAAACCAUAUCAAGGACAUCACUGGUUGAUGAUCAAAAGCGUAAGGAUGUAAAAAGUGAAUCCAAAGAUAUUCUUGGGGAACUUUCGAGGACGGAUCAUACUAUACAAACGCUCGAUAAAACAAUUUCAAAUCUGGAGAUGGAAUUAGCUGCAGCGUGGGCAUUGCAGGAUUCUACAAUGAGUGGUUCUCCAAUAACUCAAGAUCUGAAGAUCCUUGAAUUAACCAAGAAGAGAAAAUAUCUAAUGGUAAUAGGAAUAAACACUACCUUUAGUAGCCGAAAAAGAAGAGACUCAGUUCGUGCUACCUGGAUGCCACAAGGUGAUAAGCCAAAGAAGCUUGAGGAGGAAAAGGGCAUUGUGAUUCGGUUUGUAAUAGGACACAGUGCAACAUCAGGUGGAAUUCUUGAUUGAGCAAUUGAAGCAGAAGAGAAGAUGCAUGGAGAUUUCUUGAGGCUGGAAAUGUCAAUGCUCUCUGGUCUACUCCUUUAUGAAAUCUUGUCCCUCUUAAAAACCGUGAAAGGGGAGACAGUUAGUUGUUCCUCAAAAGCUGACAUGUCAAUUGAACUUCAUUAGGAACACGUUGAGGGAUACCUUGAACUAUCAGCCAAGACAAAGACCUAUUUUACUACUGCUAUUUCACUCUGGGAUGCAGAUUUCUAUGUCAAAGUUGAUGACGAUGUGCAUGUAAAUAUAGGAGCGCUGGCGGCAACUCUAGCUAGACAUCGCUCAAAACCCAGUGUAUAUAUUGGUUGCAUGAAAUCUGGUCCUGUCCUUGUGCAGAAGGGAGUGAGAUAUCGUGAGCCUGAGCAUUGGAAAUUUGGUGACGACGGAAACAGGUAUUUCCGACAUGCAACAGGCCAACUGUAUGCCAUCUCAAAAGAUUUGGCCACCUAUAUAUCUAUAAACAGGCACAUUCUACAUAAGUAUGCUAACGAGGAUGUAACAGUGGGAUCGUGGUUCAUUGGAUUGGAUGUGGAACAUAUAGAUGACCGUAAAUUGUGUUGUGGAACUCCACCUGAUUGUGAGUUGAAAGCUUAAGCAGCCAACAUCUGUGUUUCUUCCUUUGAUUGGAGUUGCAGUGGUAUUUGCAAGUCUGUAGAGAGGAUUAAGGAGGUUCAUCGCCGUUGUGCGGAAGGCGAUAAUGCUUUGUGGAGCGCCGCCUUCUGAUGAUUCCGCAAUUCUCCAAUCUAUGGAGCCUGCAAGUAGAUUGUAGCGACUCUUUAAAAUCUAUAUCUCCAAGAAGUUAGUAUAAAUCAGCUUGUAAAAUACGUGCUCGAGGUAGUGUGUCUUUCCACAAGUUUUCCUUGAUCAAAUGCAUCUAAAGUAAAUUCUUUAUGCUUUUCUGCUAUUUGUCUACGAUAAGUGUUAUCUUUUUUAUUUCUUAUCUUUAUUUAUAACACAUGAUAUGAUAAAUGAUUAAACCUGUUA